AGGUAACCGCAGGAUUUUAUUUGAUUUCUUUCACUGUGGUGAUAUACGUUCCACGGUAGCUCCAUCUGCCGCAAACCUGUAUCAAGUCCCGGCAUGGAGCCAUCAUCGUAUUGAUGACAAAAUCUGUCAAAAUAUCGCGCGGCAUGGCCCGGAAGUGGGAGCGGCACAUGCCGUUAAAAUUUCGGCUGAUAGGUCAAUGCUUCGUCACAUCAGGCGCCGUUCUCCUGAUAGUUCUGACAUUCCUCUGGAGCCAAUAUCUUUUUCCGACAAUGCUGGACUCAAACGUCGCAUUUGAUGUCCGCCAAGCAGUGCUGUCGACAUGCUUGGGGUUAACUCAAACUGCAUAGGCUGUGCUGAAUCAAUAUGACCAAUUUACAAACGAUUGGACCUUCAAAGAUUUUGAGCAGCUAGCCGCGCCCAUGCUAUGCGGCUUUGACUCAUGAGUCUCGUAGGCAUCGUGAGCAGGAUUCGGCCACAGACUUAUUCAUUCUCUAUCUUUGGCACGUGACAAAUACAGAAAAUUUUAUUGAGUCAGGGUAUAAGCCACGCCUCCAGGAGAAGGGGCCCUAUGCCUACGUGAAGCAAGCCUACAGAUAUCAUAUUGUGAGAAGUUGCCUGGAAUACUCAUGAGAAAAACGUGCAAAACUUUUGUAGGACUGGUCCAAGGAUGGUAAACAAGUCACCUACAAGGAAUGGUGGUAUCUGCAAAAGGCCGAUUCAACAGAGGCGUGUCGACUUAUGUUUUUCCAGCAGGGCUUGGGUGAAUAUAAUGAGCACACUCGAGACCGACCAGCAGGUUGCGCUGCUGACAACGAAACGGUGUGUUGAGAUAGCUGAUCAUCCACCAUUGUGUUUGAUACAGGUGACCAUGUUGAAUCCAAAGUUCGUGGCACUACAGCAUCGAUGGACCGUCCAGGAAAUCUUUGGUGAGCUAUCACAGUCUGUCUUUGCUAACAUUCGCGAUUCCAUGGUGGCUGCAGAUGCAUUUCCUAGAACCGUACGUGCAAUAAUACCGGGCGUCGACGACAAUCACUAUCUUCAUACUCAGGUCAAGGCGGAGCUCACUCCAGAUGCCAUCUCUGACGUUUGGACAUAUCGAUUGGCGGUGCAUGCAUCCUCAGCCUUAGGUGCAGUUGUGUCGGCCCUUGGUAGUACAGAUGCCUCAAUUUCUUUUGCCCUGUCGGACAGCAGCACCAUUUCGCAUUUUAACUCACUGUCCCUAUCGCCUAUAGCCGGAGAUGUGGCUUUUGGAACAGCUGACGCGAUCAAAGCUGAAGCACUUGUUUCGGGUGUGGCUGAGUCUGAAGCCACUUUGACUACCCGUCAGGCGGCUUAUUUGCUUGAACCCGCAAACACCAUUUCUGUGCUCAACUAUGAGCGUGGUGUGCCCCUGUGGAUAGGCACUGCAAGGUACUUGGGCCUAGUGCAAUCAUCUGGGCUUGAAGAUGAGGCCAGCCCUGCAUACCAGCUUGCAUACAAUCAAGUCCUCAACGAUCUCAAAGUAUUGGAGAAGAGUCCCGACGCAACGAGAGUUGUCGCUCUGGGAAUAGCAAGGCACCUUUAUGGGCCAACGGGUUGGAUGACCACGCCGGGCGCCGAUGAGUAUCGCACCAAGGAGUGGGCCGGGGACCAAGCUUUUCUCCGGGGGGGCGGUUGUGACUGUGGUUCCUACAGCACCGGUCUGUACGCGGACGUUGCUGUCGCCAUAAGCCCUGGUCUAUACUAUUACCGUUGCAGUUGGGGACUUGCCAGUUCGUUAGACUUCCAUGCUCCCUGGGAAGAUGACGCUGUCGUUUCACCGAUGAACUCUUCCCUUACGAAGUGGAUUAUCGAUCCUGACUACGAAGAUACUCGCAACGACAUUAGCAUCCACUCUGAUGAAAAUUUGGUUCGAUGGUGGCAAGUAUAUGAGUACUGUAAUGUGUCUCGCAGCGGUCGAAGCCCAAGGUAAGCUAUGAUCCAUGUGCCCGGUCACGACACAUAGCUCUAUUUAGUUGUGAGGCCAUGAUAGACGCAUCCCGUGUGGCGGAAACCUUCAUUCCAGCGGUCAUGUUUGAUCUAAGCCAGCACACGCUCAAGUCAUUCUCCGCCACUGUGAAUACGCGCUCUGCAGGACUGGAUGAUAGCACAUUCAUUUCUGGCAAUGGUACGAUGAUCUUAAUUUCCCAGGGGACAUGUGAUUUGUUUCUUGCAUCACAGGUUCAAAUACGGCAAACAUGGUCGCUUUGGUUCAACAAUACCAGGCACAAGCAUGCGCAGUUGCGGGGCACCUCUACGAAGCUUGGGCUCUCAAAGAUCAUUGGCAUGAAGUCUAUGUUGCAUCGAGAAUGUCUCGUGCCACCGGCUUUGAAUUUCUUGCUGGCCGCCUCGAAGACCUCGGCUACGCGCAAUGGGGAGGAGGCUAUGUUACAUCUGCACUCUGGGGGGUACCGUCAGUUUUAAAUAUUGAACGAAAAGGCUAUUGGAAGUUUGGCAUUGCAUCUCCCUCACCGACAUUGAAUCUUAUUGAGUUUCACUCACAAGCCAUGGCCGUCGGCUAUUCUAAUAUGAAUAUGACCAAAGAAAGCGCACGAAUUUUGCUGGAUGCUCUUGCUGCAAACGGCCCCAGGGCACGUACUUUCCGCGGCAAGAUCGGCGAGGUUGCUACUUCAUUUCGUUGUCCAGACGCCAGUUCUGACGGUGGGUGUGCUGACAGUGAGAGUGCAAAUUGUAUACGGUGCGGUCCAGCGUUUUUGCUUAUCCUUUUGAAUGGCUAUAAAUGCAAGCUCCUUUCGCAGCUUCCAUCGUCGAACGUCAGCCGACUGCUACGAGAGGAUAGGGGAUGACAACAAUUUUUUUGGGUAUUGCGACUGCCGGGCAAACGGCAGCUACUUCGUGACUCAAAAUACUUUUGGAAAUUUCCUGGGGGCCGUUCCACCGUCUGUAAAUAACAAUACAUCUGACGAUGAGAAUUUAGACCAGGCAGCUUCGUUGCUUGCAGAGGAAUUCAUGUCGUCUGCUGUUACUUGCCAGCGUAUUCAGGACUAUUACAAACAGUGCUCCUGGCUUGAAACUGAACCACGAUAUAGCUUUUGGCUGGUAAAUUGCAAGACGUGGGAAACGUUAAUCUCUGAUCCAACUUACGGCAUUUAUUGUGAUCUUGAGACAAUCCUAAAGGUCGAUUCAGCCCACAACCACGAUUACCAGUCAGCGACAAUUCACCCAUAUGGUCGACGGCGAGGAAUCAUUAUUGCUUUCUGGCUUCAAGAGUGGUCGACUUAUCGUGUGCUUAUAGAAAAUAGACUGGUCUGCAAUGAGCCAGACUGCUCAGAGUGCUUAUCAAAGGGGUAUUGUGACCGUGCCUAUAACUACGGUGGACUUUUUGUUACUCAUCAAGCGAAGCGACUAUUGUUUGAGGGCUACGUGGAUAGAGUUGCAAUGACAUUGUUGAAUUCAGAGCUACAAUAUUAUAACCUAUCUGUGCGAUGCCAGGAUCAUUCUACAAUCAAACUUGACGAGUAUUGUAAUCCAGUAGAAAAUAACGAAUGCACUGAUGGUGGUUUUGAAAUUAUAGACAGACUUGGGGUUUCUAGGAAGUUUCAACACAAUGGCAGACAUAAGAGAGACUGGUAUUUGCCCGAAAUAAUCCUAAAUCCAACCAACAUUUCGCACUACAUUGAGCCUAAAACUCAACCUAAGGACACCAUGGCUACGCUAUCGAGCCGGACAUUAACCAUCGAGAAUCCAGCCUUCGCCAUCUAUCCUGGGAAACUAUGGGCGCCCGACGUUACAAUCAAUUUGCGUCGUGGCUGCGAAGGUGAUGAAGUUUGCAAAUUUCACCAAGAAACCGACUGUGUGAAUCGCUUUCUUGGUGGAAAGGGGAAAUGGCAGAACUGCACCAGUACUCUUGUGACAGGAAAAAACAAUCUCAAUGAUGUACAGCGCGUUGCAGAAUGGCGAGGGAACACCAGCCUCAUCACUGGCAACGAGUUUGUUCUCAGAGGACCAGCGUAGCCCAGACCUAAGAGAGAGAUAGUUCAUGCCUGCUUUUAGGCGCAUCCUAUUGAGACGAUGGCAGGAACCCUAAGCCAUCAAAUGCGACCCUAUGGUUGGGAAGGCUUCCAAGAGUACAACCUCACAUAUCUUACUAGGGCGAGGGGACUCAGUUUCCAGGGUGCCGAUGUCAUGUAUAUUUUGAAUGCAGACCACUUGAUGCUCAUUGAGCUAGUAAGGUGUCCUACCGGCAACCUCGAGAUUGGCAUGGCAGAUCUCUCAGAGGAGUAUAUCACGGUGUCCAUAUGUUUACGCUCAAGUUGGGGACGAGUCGAGAUCUAGGUUUUAUGCGGAAUGGCCAAUUCGCAAGAAGCUGGAUGCUGAAAAUUAUACUCGCCGUUUCUGGGCUAGAGCAAAUCGCUACGAGACUACAGCAAAGACAUUUCUUGACGGCCGUGAGCGUGCUGGGUAUCGCUUAAAAGACGUCCACGGCGAGCGUUACCGCUGUCCUUAUGGCAUGAUUUCGCUCGAAGCAAUUGCAGACUCGCCGUGCUUUAUUAGUUUACCUCACUUUUGGGGCAAUGAAAUAUGGGGGGGGCUUGAGGCCAGGGAGGUCUAUUUCAAUACAAAUGACGAUCGUAGGCUCCAUAGUUUCUACAUUGACGUUGAGCCCAUCUCUGGCCAGACUGUUCGUGAAGCCCGUCGUUUUCAAUUCAACUUUCGCAUAGAACGCAACAUGCAAUUUCCUCAAAUUGUCUCUAGUCAAGAGCGAUGCGAGGUACCAACUGCAGAUUUUAGCAAAAAUGGUUACGGGUGCUUCAUGUUCUUUCCAGUCUGGUGGGUUUCCGAGGAGCGUCAUAUUGACAGUAGCAAAGCACUGCGACUCAAAGCAGAGGUCCUUGAAAUUCCGGAGCGACUGUUCUACACGACACUCUAUGGUACUGCAGUUGCCGUGGCUCUUGUUGUGUUUGGAGCAAUACCAUGGUAUUGCACAAACCAAAAAGAGGCCUCAUUUCGAAAGCGCAUUUACAUCGACUAACUCUAUAUGCGAUGAUAAGUGUCGAAUCUGCCACUAGCAGCCCACAAACCAGGCAAUUACACUUGAAAGUGCAGCAAGGGUGCAACUCCCGCCGCCGUUUUACGCAAGAACACACCCUGGCCAAGGGGGCACCCUCACAGUACCUAUCUCUCAGAACGCGUGGCCGACGCAGACAGGGACGAAACUGUAGUGCUGUAGUGCACGUCGCCUAGACCGUCAUCCCGCCCGUAAUUUUUUUUCAAGUUAGCGUACUCAACGAACGCGAGGCUUUCUUGGCUAGUUUACACUCGAUUUGCCCUGACGCACGGCGUAUGACCGAGGGAGAUCUUCCUAUGGUGUGCAGUCUACGCAAAGCAUUUUUACGUGAGGAACGGCCCCGCGUAGAUUGCGCCGUGAUUUACGCGUAAUUUGUGUGACGCACAGCCAGAGCGUACUAGUAGUAAAAAUAACUUGUGGUAGCCAUAAAGCUAGCCAAAAGCAACACGAGAG